AUGCCUCGAACAUACCAAGAAGAAGUCGAAUACAUUCAACGUCUCACUGAUGUUUCCUUUGCAAUUCGAAAAGGUUUUGUACCGAAUAUGAAUGUAAGUUAAUUUAUUUUGGGUUUUUCAUAUUUUAGGUAGAAGGACGGUUUUAUGUUAACGGCGCUUUGGAGCCGUUGAUGUUUGAAGAGCUGGAAUUGUGUGUGAAUCAUGGAGGUAUUGGUGGAUUUUUGCCUGCUGUGCGACAAAUAGCUAAUGUUGCUUCUUUGCCUGGCAUUGUUGGGGUAAGCUCUUAUGGAAAACAUGUGAUAUUGUGCUUAAUGUUAAUAUGUGCCCUAGGUCAAUUGCAUGGUUUUGGUUAUAACUUUUUUGAAAUGUUAGAUAGAGACUUGAAAUAUUGCAUGAAGUUGGAUAAGAUCCAGCGUUAACUAAGGCAGUUAAAGUCAUUUCGGAAUUUGUGAUAGUUUUAAAGUUACAGUAUUAUACCCUAUUUUACAAGCCGACAGUAAACGCUUUAUUUUUUCAAAAAGACAUAAUGGUAACGUUAUAUUGUUUCAGAAUUCCAUUGGCCUUCCCGACAUUCAUUCGGGCUACGGAUUUUCGAUCGGUAAUGUAGCUGCUUUUGACGUUGAAAAUCCAGAGUCUGUGGUAUCUCCAGGAGGUGUUGGAUUUGAUAUAAACUGUGGUGUGCGGUUAAUUCGGACAAAUUUGAGCGAAAAAGACGUCUUACCGUAUAAAGAAACGUUAGCACAGUCGUUGUUUGAUCACAUUCCGGUUGGUGUUGGAUCUCAAGGCAUUAUUCCAAUCAAGGUAUGUUGAUCAUGGCUAUUUUGAUCUUGUUUUAAUUUUUGGUGUUUUAAAAUAUUUUUAACGGUUUUAUAAAGCUUUACCAAUAAAAAAAAGUCUUUGUUUAUUAUUUUUAGGUAUAAAAUUUAAUAAUUUUAGGCAAGGGAUUUCGAGGAAUGUUUGGAAAUGGGUAUGGAUUGGACGCUAAGAGAAGGUUACUCAUGGGCUGAAGAUAAGGAGCAUUGUGAAGAAUAUGGAAGGAUGUUACAAGCUGACGCAACUAAAGUGUCUACUAAGGCCAAAAAACGAGGACUGCCUCAGGUAAAUCGCCUUUAAAACGAAGGCUUUGUCAUGAAAUUGAGGUAUUCUACUAAAACAAUAUAAUUUCCAGCUAGGAACACUAGGAGCAGGAAAUCACUACGGUGAAGUACAAAUCGUCGAUGAAAUCUAUGACAAAUACGCAGCAUCAAAAAUGGGCAUCGAUCAUGUUGGUCAAGUAUGUGUUAUGUUACAUUGUGGUAGUCGUGGACUAGGCCAUCAAGUAGCGACCGAUGCUUUAGUAUCUAUGGAAAAAGCCAUGGUCAGGGAUAAGAUUGAGUUGAAUGAUCGACAACUGGCCUGUGCCAGGAUUUUCAGCCAAGAAGGACAGGAUUACUUGAAAGGAAUGGCGGCUGCGGCCAACUUUGCCUUUGUCAAUCGGUCUUGUAUGACGUUUUGUGUUAGACAGGUAGGCUUUUUUUGGUUUUUAAAUUUUUAUGGUUUGGAUUUGACACCUAAAGUUUAAAAAGACAUUUUUAAUAUGAAUUUAUUACCUAAAAAUGAAAAAUAAAUAUUUUAAAAGUUAAAAAUGGUACUAAGAAUAAGAAAAUGGUACACUAUAUUCAAAAAUAAUACUAGAAAGAUGAGAAUCUCAUUCAUAGACUAAAAAUGCCACUUAAAAAUUAAUUUUAAAAAAUUUUUAGGCAUUUGCCCGAAUUUUCAACAUGACCCCAGACGACUUGGACAUGCAGGUCAUCUACGACGUCUCACACAACAUUGCCAAAAUGGAAGAGCAUUUUGUGAAUGGUCGGCCGAAACAAUUGUGUGUGCACAGGAAGGGCGCAACUCGAGCUUUCCCUGCGAAUCAUCCCCUCAUACCGGUCGAUUAUCAACUGACAGGACAACCAGUACUAAUUGGAGGCUCUAUGGGUACCAACUCUUAUGUUUUGACUGGUACUGCCACUGGAUUUGAGGAGACGUUUGGAACAACUUGUCAUGGAGCAGGUCGAGCUCUGUCUAGGGCUAAAGCCAGAAGGAAUUUGACAUAUGAGAAGGUUUUGGAGAACCUUAAGGCUAAGGGUAGGUGGAAAGUGUUUUGGAGGUAUAUGAGUGUGUCACAAAAGUCUUGUCGUCAUUUUGCAUUGCCUUCAACGUUCAAAAACGACAAGACUUUUGUGGCACUUUAAUAGAAAGUGGAAAGAAAGUCGUUGCUAUUUUAAAACAAGCAAAUAAAGUUUUUCAAGCUUAAAAAGUUUUUUCAAUAAAAGCAGUUUAACAAAAAUGGCAUUUUUUAAAAUUUUUCUAAAAAAUUUCCAUUUUUUCCUAAAAUUCGGAUUUUAGGCAUAUCCAUCAGAGUCGCAUCCCCCAAACUAGUGAUGGAAGAAGCGCCAGAAUCGUACAAAAAUGUCCACGAUGUGGUGGACACGUGCCAAAAAGCGGGUAUCAGCAAUAAGGCCAUAAAGCUAAGGCCAAUCGCGGUUAUUAAAGGAUAA